AUGCGUUUGACUCAGGCAUCAUUGGGCCUGGCAUGUGCCACUCUUGCUACGGCCUUGCCCGCGGCUUCAAACCCGUCUUGUCGAUUUGCACAGCAAUAUACCCAGAAGGAGAUUCUGGAAAAUCCUUCUAACUUCAUCAAUGAUAUGUUGUUUUGGGAGGGCAAAUUCCAUCAAAAUAACGUCUCUUACAACUCCGGCAAUGGUAUGUCUUAUGACGGUACCAAUAUUGACUGGGUCACUGGCGAGAGGACCGUCAAGCAUCCAUUCAGCGCCGCGAGUAAAGAAUCACUUCAAGUGAUGCUUUAUGCUCAUGCUAUCGCGGGCUCUGCAAAUGCUGCUCGUUUCCUCUCUCCAAACAAUCCGUCUGCAGCGCCCAGCAUUGCGGCAUCCAUCAUGGAUACCAAAUUACAGACUUACUUGAGAUUCAAUGAAACAUACCCAGGUUUCGGAGGAUUUUUGCCUUGGUUUACCUCCAGCUCUCAGGAUCUGACUCCUACCUGGGACUGGAACAACCGUGUGCCAGGUCUUGACAACGGUGAACUUUUGUGGGCUGUAUACGCUUUCAUUCAGGCUGCCGAGAACACAUCAAAUAAAUCCUACAUUGAUCUUGCCAAUAAGUGGCAGACUUGGAUGGACUAUACAAAGACCACCGCAGCUCACAUUUUCUAUCGAGGCGAUGGUAAAGUUUGUGCCGUCACGGACAUCAAGAACCAGUCACUUCCUGUCUACCACCCUGAGCAGACUUAUGUCUGCGAAGGUACCGGCUAUCUUAAUGAUCCCUAUGAGGGAGAGCUCUUUACCUGGUGGCUCCAAUUCUUUGGCGGUCUUUCUGAUGCCGAUGUUGAAGCCCUUUGGGAAUAUAAGAGACCCCAGUUGGUGAGCGUUGACUAUCACAUUGGCAAUGUUGGACCGAUCACCGUCCAGAAAGGGUAUUGGUUCUCCAGCCAUGAGACCUGGAAGGUUUUGGAGAUGCCUUAUUACGACAUCGACAUCAUUCGCCGCGUCUACCAAAAUGCUGAGCGUGUUCGCACUUGCAACUCGGUUGUGACCCAUAACUCAGGCAUGUUUGCUUCCAUCAACAAUGUCACGGAUCCAGCAACUGGCGAUGUGGUCGGAUACAUUUCCAAUGCCGGCAUUCCCUCCAUAGCAAACCAAACGGUUCAGGAACUCGACGUGAUCACUCCUUACAGUGUCUUUCCUACCGUGUUGUUUGAUAAGGGUGUCGGAAUGGCUUGGUGGAGAAAUAUGGCGAUUGCUAAGAAGAUGCAAAACAUUUACGGAAGCACCGAAUCUACCCGUCGUGAUGGAACCGGAGUUUCUGCUCUACUUACCUGGGAUAGCAAGGUCAGCACAGUUAAUGCUAUUCUCGGCGGUGUUUCCGACCUGGUCAGUCAGAAAAUGAAGGCUGAAAAUAUCUACGACACCUUUGUUGAGAGAAUCACGGCUGAGUACUCGCGUGUCUUCAAGAACUUGAAGGGAGAAAACAUUCCGUUCUGCCUACCUCAUGAGACUGUUCCUGAUACUGGACUCGUUGAUUUUACUACCUGUAACUAA